GGGAAAACACUGCGACAGUUCAUGGUUUCAUGCUCCUCUUGCUGGCAUGCUUGCCCCUCGCUGCAGCUUUUGGCAAUGAUUGGCCGUUGCGGCAGGUGUGCAGCGACCUGGGGCAAAUCAAGUGGGCCACCCUGGCCCGAAAGCUCUGGCGCCAGGUCAAUGUCACGGACUUCGGGCACCCGCUCGCCAUGCGGGAGGCCAAGGCGAUGGCCAUGCUGACUUCAAAGACCAUGGGCAGCUUCGGGGCUGGGCACCGACUGGAGGAGGUGUGCUGGAUCGGCGUGCUGGCGCUGCAGUUCUGGGAGCUGGUCAUGAAGUUCCCCCUGCUCUACCCCUCUCAGCUGCAGGAGGAGUGGCGGCUGUUGAUCAGCGCGGACUGGCCGCUGGUGCUGCUGGCAGACUUUCCUAUCUGGGGCUUGUUGCGGCAGGCUCAAGCCACGGUGACCUCGUGCGAGGCGUUUCUGCCUCCCUCGGAGCACAGCAGCUGUCCCCUGCCGCGCUGCGACCUGCUGGAGGCAGAGGAUGUUCAGGACCAGCAGCACUUCCUGGACGCCUUGGUGAACACAGCGCUGGCGGGCGAGGCCGUGUACAUGAUGACCUCACCCACGGUGCCAUCCUGUCCGCUGGGCCUUGCAGCGAAGCACCUGGCGCUGGCUGUGGUGCAGGUGAGUCAGCACGGCAGCAGCUCCUGGGCGCUCGUGGAAGCGGCGGUGCGUGAAGCGCAGAAUCUGGUGGCACGGUACCUGGAGGAGGGCAUCCAUAAGGCGCCGCAACGGGACCAGCGCAGGGCGGGCCGCAUGGACCCGCUGGGUGAGCUACUGUCCUCCCGCUGGGACGUCGUGGGCCUCCUGCAUGCGCUGCAGGUCGUGCUGCGCAGAUCCAUGGACCGCCAUGAGCUCCUGCCCCUGCCCUGGCUGAUCUCGGAGGGCGCGCUGGGCAGAAACGUGCUCGAGGACCAUAGCCACCGUGGCACCUUUGUGCGCUACUUGCUGGCCUCGCUGCGCACGGAGUUCUGGGGCUCGGGCCAUGGGGUGGAGAACUUUGUGCGCCUGGCGCUGCGGUCAGGCAGGUCCGGAAACCGACCCCGCGUGUUCAUCGAUGUUGGCGCAUAUUGCCAUGAGCAUGAGUGCCUGAGUCGUAGCUUGCUGGCGGAGGUCGCCAACGGAAGUCCAGGCCGUGUACGGGUGCUGGCCCUGGAGCCCAACCGCCGGAACUUGCUCCGCACAGAGGCUGAGCUGCGAAAGCUGCCGCGGAGAUGGCGGCGGCGCUUGUGGCUGUUGCGCCGAGCGGCGGGGAACACCACUGGCAAGGCCACCUUGCACGGCUCCGGCGGCAAGGCGUCUUUGAAGGCGGGUGCCUACGGCGGGCUCGCCUGGACGCAGAGCGGGGAAGGCCGUGUGGCCAGCUACGCGGACGGCAUGGUGCAGCGGGUGCCUCUACGACAGAUCGAGUCCUUCGGCUUCCCCUGGGUGGAGCUGCUGAAGAUCGACACGGAGGGCACGGAGCUGGAGGUGCUGCAGGGCGCGAGGCGCCUGUUGGUGGCGCGCCGCGUGGGCGCCGUGGUCUUGGAGUACUCCCACUUCUGGGGAGCUUCAGCAGACGGUCCGCUGCGGGCCCUGGCCGCGGAGAUGUGGACCUACGGCUACGAGGGCUUCUACUUGGGGCGCUGCCUGGUGCCCAUCAGCGGGGCAGACAUGAAGUGGUGGCACCCGCUCUACGAGAUCUGUGCUCGGCCGGAGGCGCGGAUCUACCGGGGCAUCGCCGGGUGGUGCUGGUUCAACGUGGGCUUCGUGCUGCGGGGCUCUCCGCUCCACCGCAAGACGUGGGCGCGCGCGCCCUGGCGGGGCACCUGCUCGGACCGAAAGGUGACCUGCAUCCAAAAGGACAAUUGCGCUGGAUCCAUGCAAGCCUGGGGCUUUGUAGGGAACCGUUAA